GGAGGGUUCAUCUUUCCCACCAUCGUCCCAAUUCCAUUGAAAAAAAAAAACCCUUUCGUUCGGCCGUCAUGAGUCAGGAGUAUUUUGCCGGCCAUGGCGCCUCUUCUGCCGGAGAAGGUUCGUCCAGGCGCCGUGACGAAGAUCCGGUCUUUCCCAGACCACCGCCCGCGUAUAUGACUGUCGGCAAUGGAUCGGCUUCCGAAAAUGCGACAGCUUUGAUGGCCUCCCUAAACGAUGAUUCCGGCUACGGUGGAAGUAUUGCAGGUGACAGUACAGCAGAUGGUGAUGUCCCUUGGCGCUCUGCUCUGAUGCAGGAUCGACCGACCCCGACGCACACGCCUUCGUUCCCCGGAGAAUGGAAUCCAGUCGCGGAACACGAGAGGCAGAUCGUCGCAAGCCAUGUCCACCAGCUAAUGUAUAACUCGAACCGAACUAAGCUGGCCCGCGCCAUUUCCCGUACCGUUGAGACGCUGAAGGAGCUCCAGCAAAUGAACAGUCAAUGGCCGGCUCACUACCCUUCCGUUCAGAACAACUUAAUUUCUAGUCCUGAUCGACCAUUGCUGCGUCAUAGCCGGACUGAUCUGGGAAGGGAAUUCCCUCCACGCCCGGGACAACUCAAGCGCACGGCCACAUCGUUAGGGGAGGAGAACGCGGCCGAAUCAAGUGCAUCUGCAGAGCGUCGCGGUUCGCCCGAACCUCGCUUGAUUACGCCUCAGAUUGCUCAAGAAUUCUCCAUAUUGAAACUAGAUCUGAAACUUGGUUCGAUGUCUCAGGCUGAGCUUGUGCACUCUUUGGAGAAAACCUCAGUGGCUUCUCUUUUGGACGGAAAGAUCAGCCAAAGCAUCAAGCACCUACUCUUACUGCGGGACAGAAUUGAGGAUAUCUCGAGCAAAGUCUUAGUGACAGGUGAUUUGAAUGCUGGUAAAUCCACGUUCUGCAACGCUCUGCUGCGCCGAAAAAUCUUACCCGAAGACCAGCAACCCUGCACUAGCAUCUUCUGCGAAGUCCUUGAUGCACGAGAAAACGGUGGACUUGAAGAAGUACAUGCAGUACAUAAGGAUGCUGAAUAUAACCGCAACGAUGAGAGUACGUAUGAUGUCUAUCCUCUGCGUGAGCUAGAGGAUAUCGUCAUCGAUAAUUCCAAGUACAUGCAGUGCAAGGUUUAUGUGAAGGAUGUGCGGAGUAUUGAUGAAUCUCUUCUCAAUAACGGUGUGGUGGAUAUUGCCUUGAUUGACGCUCCAGGUCUUAACUCCGAUUCGCUGAAGACGACAGCUGUUUUUGCGCGGCAGGAGGAAAUCGACGUGGUGGUUUUCGUCGUCUCUGCUGCAAAUCACUUUACGCUUUCCGCGAAGGACUUUAUUCAGAAUGCCGCUCAAGAAAAGGCCUAUAUGUUCAUUGUGGUUAACGGAUUCGAUCAGAUUCGGGACAAACAGCGGUGUCAGCGGAUGAUCCUGGACCAGAUUGGUAAACUUAGCCCUCGUACCUAUAAGGAAGCCGGUGAACUUGUGCAUUUCGUUUCCAGCAACGCUAUACCUGUUUCGCCAGCGGGUCCUGUCAGUUUCUCUGGGUCUGGCAGCGGUGGAGGUUCUGACCCUUUUGGCGAUGGUCCUGGGGGCGAUGGUGAUGACGAUGGCGAUCCUAACAAGGGUGUGGAGUCUGGUAAUGACAAAGGAAAGGGAAAGGAAAGACAGAAAAUUCAAGACUUCGAGAACUUGGAGGUCUCUCUGAGACGGUUUGUUCUAGAAAAACGCUCCCGCUCGAAACUAGCUCCCGCGAGAACUUAUCUUAUGAACUUGCUCUCGGAUCUAAAUGCGCUGGCCUACGUGAAUCGUGAUGUCGCCGAGGCUGAGCUGAAGCGUGUUACAGAAGAGCUAGCUGAGCUGGAACCGGCUUAUCAGAACGGCAAAAAGAAGAAAUUGCAACUAGGGGAAGAAGUUGAAAAACGUAUUGAUGAUUCUUGCGCCGACGUUUAUGGUUAUACCCGGGUAACUUUGGCGGACACAAUCGCGCAGGUCUCACAGGCAGAUUUAGGUGUCGAAUAUCCUGGCGUAUUCUCGGUAUUCCAAUAUGCGGAAGAUUUAAAAUUGGCAAUGCUCGAAGAAAUCUCCAGCGCGGUUACAGUUUGCGAGGACUAUGCUCGUGAGAAGACAGUACAGGGAGUUGGCUUUAUUCAGAACCUGGGUCUUCUGCACGUUGGAGAAGACAAAUUUGCUCCUCUCAAUUUCAAGGCCAAUAUGAUGUUCCGCCGUGGCCGUCGUCAUACGCUCGCUCGGCAGGUCGACACACCAGUGGAGAUCUGGGACUUCUUUGACAUCGCUGGCCUCUGGGAACGACAAGAGAAAGUGGCAGGAACGGGCAUGGCAAUGACUCUCGUAACUGUCGUUGGUGGUAGAACUUUCGGCGGUGUGAGCUGGAUUAACAACAUACUCAGUGCUAUUAAGUUCCUUGGGCCAGAGAAUUUACGUCGCCUUCUCGUUCCUGGAGUUGCUGCUGCUGCCCUUUUGACCGUGGCAUAUAUGGUCUCUUCAAUCCCAAAAACCCUCCCUUCACGACUCUCGCGUAAGCUCGCGGCUACCCUUGGAGAAAUGGACUAUGUGCACUCCAAUGCAAACCGAAUUUCAUCGGAGGUUCGCCGUAUUCUCCACAUGCCAUCCUCCCACUUGCAAAGUUGCCUCGAACAAGGCAUUGAAGACCUCGCAAAACGCAAGAGCGAGGUCAGCAAGGUGAAAGGUGAAAGUGAAGUUGCCUUCAAGUACUUCGCAAAUCUCCUCAGGGAGAGCGGCGAAAGUCGAAACACAUUGCAACAGAUCGACCUGGACGCUCCAUUGCCAGGUGGAAUUGCGGCUCACUGAAUAGUAUGACUGAUCAGUCAAUCUUCAAUCUGUACAAUAACGAUCCUGUACGAUUUUCUUUUGUUCUACCCGUCAUCUCCUUUGUUAAGAAGAUUUGACGAAUUCUCUGUUUUAUGGUUUACUUAAAUAUCCUCAUAUAGCCCAGACCUUCUUUUCCUCACCCCCGUUUCUUUUCUCUUUCUCUCCAGUCUCCAUCUACUUCUCUAUGCGCGUCAAUACCCUCUGACGGCAUUUAUAAGUGCGAUUUUCCUUUCUAUCUAUUUUCUACUGCUUAUAUGAGCUACCAACACUCACUCGAAACUAUGAACAUGGCCGCAGGACAAGAUUUUGCUGCUUUUCCCUCUACUUCACACCCUUCAAUGCCUUCUCGUGUCCCAUUUUGUUUCGGCUAUUGACACAUAGUUUUCUCUGUUAUGUCAACUGUCUGCCUGUCGGAAUAUCUGGACUUCGAGUGACCGUAUAAUUCUCAAUGGACAGCCUGGUAAAAGUGAAUCGAGGGGUACAUCUAUUUGGAACAAGACACGCUACAAUAAUACCGAUGAGCGGCAAAGUAGAGGGAAAGAUCCAAGAAAAAUCCUUCAAGCAUUACAGUCGCAGCAUAGGCUUCAUCCAGAAAGGGAUAAAUGCGAAGGACGCCACAAGCAAUGCGAUAUGCAUUAUAUCGGACAUAAUACAUGGCCAUAGCUAUUAGAAAAUUAGAAAGAGAAAAAUGGUAUCCUUC